AUGGCGCCUGGAGAACGCUCUGAAGAGGUGUGGCUGUGGUACACGGCCGUGUACGAGGCGAUUCAGGAGAUACCGUAUGGCAAGGUCACCAGCUACGGACACAUUGCCCGGCUGGUGGGCGUGUGUCUCAAGAACCUGCCUUCGCCAUCGCCAUCGGGCGACAGCAGCAGGACGAAGCCUAGGUUUCAUAGCGGCAACGUGCCUUGGCAGCGCGUGAUCAACGCCAAAGGCGGCAUCAGCCCGAGAGGACCAAGUGCGGCGGCGCACCAAGCAGAUGCUCUACGGAGGGAGGGUGUAGAGGUGAGGCAGGAUGGCAUGGGGCAGUACACGGUGGAGCUGGAUGAGUACGGGUGGUUCCCGGACAUGCUCCCGAGCGAGGCAGAGCAGAUCGAGGGCAGCGACAUGGACGAAGACAAGGACGAGGACGAGGCCGCGUACCAUACUUGAGGCAUAUGCGUGAGAAGCUUUGUGAGGGGGGGGACUUGGAUACAUGGCGUAGUUAGAGCAACCAACCAGGGUCUUGUUACAGCGGUGGUGCAUUGCCGUUGGGCGAACAAAGUAUGCAUUGCCUAGCACGUUGGAGUUGGCAGCUUGCUGAUGGCCGGCGGCUACCCCAAAGUCGUGGGUGGCUAGUAUGGGGUAAGUACAUGGCCGUG